GGAGAAGAAAGCAAACCCUCAAACAUAUUCAACCAUAACCAUCAUGAGCUCACUGAAAAUUGUAAAGGCUUAUGAGGGUUAUAAACCCUACAUAGCAAUGCUUCUAGUUCAAGUAAUAUAUGCAGGCAUGGCUCUGCUGUCCAAAGCAUCCAUUUCUUCAGGAAUGAAUCCUUCCAUUUUCGUCGUCUAUCGUCAAGCCUUCGCGACUCUAUCGUUAGCCCCACUCGCAUACUUCUUCGAAAGGAAGAAUGUACCUCAGCUAUCCUACACCUUGAUGUGGAAGAUUUUCUUCAGUUCUUUGAUUGGGAUUACGAUUUGUUUGAAUAUGUACUAUCACGCACUCAAUCAUACGUCUGCAACGUUUGCUGCGGCCACGACUAACCUGGUUCCGGCUAUUACCUUUGUGAUAGCUCUUAUUCUAAGGAUUGAGAGAAUGUACAUAAAAGAAUUGCAUGGUUGGGUAAAGUUAAUUGGAGCUAUAGCUUCUCUUUCUGGGGCACUUGUGUUUGCUUUUGUUAAAGGACCAACUUUGAACUUCAUGGCUUGGUGCACAUCAGGGGAGGGUGGUGAAAUCGCUUCAACGAUGAAUCAGUUUAGUUCGAAAUCGGAGUUUGUUAAAGGCCCCCUUACGAUUCUUUGCGCAAACAUUCUUUGGUCGUGUUGGAGCAUUAUGCAGGCACCAAUUAUGAAGGAAUUCCCAGCAAAGUUAUCACUAAUUACUUUUCAAUGUUUCUUUAGCUUGAUACAAGCAAUAGUUGGGGCAAUAGCCAUGGAAAGAAACCUACCUUCAUGGAAACUUGGAUGGGAUGUUAACCUGCUUUCAGUGGCUUAUUGUGGAGUAAUUGUGACAGCAUUCACAUAUUGGUUGCAACUGUGGGCAAUAGAGAAGAGAGGUCCUGUCUUCACCGCCAUGUUCACUCCUUUGGCGCUCAUCAUCACUGCCGUCGUAUCAAUGUUCUUGUGGAAGGAAACCCUUUACUUUGGAAGUGUUUGUGGGGCUGUGUUACUAGCAGGAGGGUUGUAUUGUGUUCUCUGGGGAAAGAGCAGAGAAGUUGAAAGUAAAAUCAGUGAAGUAAAACCUGAAGAGGAAACCACGUUGGAAUCCAUUAAAACACAGGAUCAGUGAGCUCUUGUCAAUUCAGAUCCAUCAAGUGUCGGCCAGAUUCUGUUGUAGAAAUGAUGGUAGCCAUCAUCAUCAUCAUCAUCAUCAUCGAAUACACAAGGCACCCAGUUAAGAAAUGUGGUAGCCCACACCAAGCACUUGUACCAUAAUCAUUAACCACAACCAUUUUUUUUAUGUUUAGAUAUCAGUUUUGUAUCUA